UUCAGCCCUCCUACGGCCUUUCAUGCCGUAUGAUGUAAAAUUGGGAGAAAACAGGGCAGGACUCUCUGCUUUGCAUCCAGAAGGCCCUCAAGCUGAGCUCCCGACGCUCCCUCCCUUUUAACCUCCUGCCCUCUCCUUCUCUUCUGUUUCGUUCCUUCUCUUCCCACCGGAAAGGAUAUGCCAGUGAUUGGGAAAAGCGGGCGGAGUUUCCAGUACAACCAGGACAUUGUGGUGUUGCUCCUGAUGGACGGAGUGCUGUUCCACCUCCAAAGUGUCACCGCUUACGCUUUGAUGGGCAAGAUUUCCCCCGUAACCUUCAGUGUGGCCAGCACGGUGAAGCACGCCCUGUCCAUCUGGCUCAGCAUCAUUGUCUUCGGGAACAAGAUCACGAGCCUCUCGGCCAUCGGGACAGUGCUGGUGAUGAUCGGCGUCAUGCUGUAUAACAGGGCCAAGCAGCACCAGCAGGAAACCUUCCAGAAUCUGGUGGGAACAGCCUCAGCCUCCCCACCGUCUCCGGCGAUCAACGAAAACGCCGAGCCCCUCCUGUCCAAAGACCCCCGUCCAUUCGAAUGAGACCGCCGCCUUAAUUUUGCUACGCGGAAUUUUAGAAGAACAAUCUUUUUUUUUUUCCUUCUCUUGAAGCCCUUGGUUAUCUCUGCCCACCCCACCCCACCCCAAAGGCCCAUCACACUUCCAAGCCAGGGCCUGCUAUGAUAAGAAAAACGGGCGAGGAGGCGAAAACCACAAGCAUCAGGUGGGAGAAUUCUUCCUAAGACUUUGCGCUCCGCCGCCCGUGUUUCGAAAGUCCGCUUUUGGUCCCUCAUCCACCAGACCAACGUGAAAUCCAAGUUUGCUAUGGUCAAAGGUUGCACAAUAAGGGAAAACAACCCCCAGCUGGAUCCAUGUGUUGGCCCAAACCUCCCAAAAGCUGGGGAAAGAAUCCACUUCACAACUCUCCAAAUCGCCACAUUUCCUUGCUGGGAACAGCAAGAUCUUAACGACCACCAGCAUGGGUGCAUGUCCAGCGUGCAACUGGUCUUCCCUCCUAGGACAUCCUUUGCUCUUCUUUGCCUUCCAGAUGCCACUCUUAGGAUGAAACCCUUUCUGAGGAGGUUCUGCUGAGAAGUCAUCAGCAACUCUGACCUACUGCAGCCUCUCUCGCCCCCGUGCUGACCAAGCUACCUCCCCACUCAACCCCCAGAACGGACCCCGUUGGCUGGUUUGUGGGGGAAGAGCUGAGAUGGCAAAAAAAAGAGACGGCUUCGUGGGUUUUUUUCUAUCAUGAUUCAUUUUGUUUCCGUCCCGUUGAGGGCUUUGCAAUAAACCCAGCCAGACUUCCACAUCUGAAAGCCCUGCUAAUAGCAAUCAAAAAAGUGAUUUGGGGGAGAGGAAACAAAAAAAAAAAAGGCACACUAGAAACUCCCUCUUUCUAGCUUCUCCUGAGUUUGAAAACCGGACACCUUCGGGAUUGUAAAAAAACGAGGAGAAAAUGGUGCGUAAUCGUGUCCUGGCUGGAUCCUGUGGUGUGAUGAUGCAAAUCAAAUCAAAUCAAAUUAGCCAAAAAAAAAAAAAA